UCCGACCAGCUGGUUCGCAGGGAGCAGAGGCGACAGCUCGGUUCCAUGUUUGCUAGGCAGCUGCAGCUCGCCUCUUGCAGUCUGAUGCCUGGGCGUUUGGGGGCGAACAGGUUCUGGUCCAGUUCUUGGUGUGAACACGCCGUGCAUUCGUGUCUCCGGGGAAAAUGUCGUCGCUUGAACCGGACGGAACCUUCAGUCUCCUCAAUAUGUUUGAGAAGCUGUCGUGGAGGCCCUGUAACCGCGACUCCGGCUCCAAGAAGCGAGCACGGUGGCUUCAGGCUCGACGCAUCUUCGACGGCCUCAACUUCCGCAUCCCCAACAGGUUCCUGAGAGAAGGACACUGUAUACCGCCGGCACGCAGCGGACACCGCUGCGUUGCAGACAGCUCCAACCUGUACGUGUUCGGAGGUUACAACCCUGACUUUGAGGAGGCAGGCGGGUCGGAGAACGAGGACUACCCUCUCUUCAGGGAGCUCUGGCGGUUUCAUUUUGCCACAGCCACCUGGCAGCAGGUCCGCACAGAGGGCUACAUGCCCACAGAGCUGGCGUCCAUGUCAGCUGUCUUACACGGAAACAACCUGCUUGUGUUUGGUGGCACCGGGAUUCCCUUCGGCGAAAACAACAGCAACGACGUCCACGUCUGCAACGUCCAGUACAGACGGUGGAACCUGCUCAACUGCAAGGGGAAGAAACCAAAUAAGAUCUACGGGCAGGCGAUGGUCAUCAUAAACGACUACCUGUACGUGUUUGGAGGCACAACAGGCUACCUUUACAGCACUGACCUGCACCGGUUGGACCUGAGCACCAGAGAGUGGGUCCAUCUCAAACCCAAAAACGCACCGUUAGAUCUUCCUGAUGAGAGGUACAGACACGAGCUGGCUCAUGACAGACAGAGAAUAUACAUUUUAGGAGGUGGGACCUCCUGGAUGUCGUAUCCGUUAGACAAAAUUCAUGCAUAUAAUUUGGAGACCAAUUACUGGGAAGAAAUAGUAACCAGACCCCAUGAAAACAUAGGUUAUCCUGCUGCUCGCAGAUGUCACAGUUGCGUUCAGGUCAAAGACGACGUGUUUAUAUGCGGGGGUUAUAACGGCGAGCUUAUCCUGUCCGACUUGUGGAAGAUAAACCUGCAGACCUUUCAGUGGAUGAAGCUGCCCGGUGUCAUGCCAGAGCCGGCCUACUUCCACUGCGCCGCAGUCACGCCGGCUGGCUGCAUGUACGUCCACGGCGGGGUCGUCAACAUGUCUGGAAACCGGAGGACUGCCUCUCUGUAUAAAGUGUGGCUGGUUGUGCCCAGCCUGCUGGAAAUGACCUGGGAGAAACUGUUGAAAAUGUUCCCUCACCUAACGCAGCUGUCCACCCUCCAGCUGCUGAGCCUGGGACUGCCGCAUUCACUCGUCCAGAGGCUCAAAUAGACUGAACACCCCCCCCAAAAAAAAAAAGCGACCAGUAAGGAACGAAGACUGACACUAAAGGUGGUGGUAAGCAGGUCAAAGGCGGCUCCGUGAUGCCAGUCGGGAAGAUACUUUGUGGUUUUUGUUGUUGUUGUUCUUGAAAUACACUUGAGCUUAUCUGUUAAAAAUUCAAACGUCCAUCGGAGGCAGCGAAGCUGUGCAGAUUUUAACUUCUAUGCACAUGUCAAACUUGACUUCACCGUGCAUGUUCCUUUCUUUGCCCCAGACACUUGUAGAGCAUGAAGGAAAAAUUCACAAACCCAUUUAAGUGAAAUUGGCUGCCGGUUGAGUCAUUUUAAGAUUUUGCCGAUUGCUUAGCACCACACUGAACCCUGCUGCAGUGGUUCCUCGUUUUGACCGCAGGAAAUCUCUAGCUGGUUUAUAAAUGCUUGGUUGGAAAAUAACUCCCCAGCGUUGGCGUCUCUCUGCAACGCUUUUAAAGAGAUCUCAGUUUAUUUUAAAUGUCCAGCUGUUCAAACUGAAAAAUUAUCCAUUUAUUGAUCACAUUUUGCUUCUCUGUUCAGAGGAAAACCCGCCGCCUCUUUUUAAAGGCUCACUGUGAAACUUCUGGUGCCUCUACAAACGUUUCUUAUCUUUAGGGUUCCUACACAGCUACCAUUUAAAAUCACACCCUUUCCCAGUCACACGUUUCCAUAUGAUUCUCGCAGUUUUUAGGGAUUUGGGUGGAAAACAUUUUUCCUGGAUAAUGCUUUUACGAUUAGGAACGAUGCAAUGCUAAAGUAUGCUUCCCAUUCGGCGGUACGAUAAAGGGGUAUUCCACUACAUUAUUGGCAUCCAAACUAAUUUAGAUCAGCUCUUAGGACCAAACGGCAAUUCUUUCAAGCACAAUUUAGGAUCUUUAAUACUUUAUUCUGUUUACGCUUUAUUUGCAGAGAUCCAGUCUAGAUAGUGGAAGAAAAAAACAGGAGUUCUAGUUUCCUAGAACCUACAAAGGCAGUCAAAUGGCCAUUUUUUUUAUUUUUGGGGGCGACUCAAAUCAAAAUUUUGCUGCUUUUUAAAUGCUAAACUCAAUCUGUGAUUAGGUCAAAUAUAAACAUCAAUAAAAAAUGUGUUUUUUAAAUUUAUUUGCAUUUUUUCUUUUUAUAGAAAUUAGAAAAAAUGUCUAGAAUUUCACAAUUUUCUAUUUUUCAAACUUUUCCUGGAAAACCACUCCAUACUUUCCAAGACUGUGUAGGAACCCAGUAUCUUCAUUAUGAAUUUGCACAUGAUGGUUCACAUUAUUUCCCUUCAUGCAUUUGGUGCCUUUUGAUCCCCCAAAUUGCAGAUUAUUCAAACUUUUGUCUCUUUUUUUUUUUUUUUUAAAGAAUAUGUAUUGAUUAUUUUUUUUAACUGGGCUGAUGGUGCUCUACACCUCAUCAGGAAGACCUUGCAUACACUUUUAAGUUAUUUAUUUUAAGCAUCGUGCUGCUCAUUUUCUCAACUUUUGAAAACAUGUCCUGUAUCAGUUGCCUCUUUUUUUUUUCUUUUUUUUAUGGUCCCAUUUUCAGCUUUUACAUUGUAACAUACUGUUAGUUUUAGAUAUUUUUUCCCCUUUGGGGAGUGUUUGUAACUUAGGCUGGUUUGUAAUUUCGCCUUGUCAGCGUGUGUAAGGUGUACUCAGGAUAUUUAAAACUGUGACGGGUGUGAAGUUCUCUGCAGACUAACCAAAUGUGAGGAGUUACUUUGGAGAUACUGUUGCAGGCCUUUUUUUUCCCCACCUGUUGAAUCAUAAUUUUGUCUCACAAAACUUACUGUUUGAUACUUUUGAAUUUUCUUCCUUUUGCUCCUCAAAUAGUUUUGCUUAGUUAAUUUUUGACAUUUCGUGGCCUUAUUUAUGCUUUAAUUUUUCUGAAGCAGCGUGCUCGGUAAAUGUAUCGGCCUGUCUAGGUUUGCAUCCCCUUCUGUUCAUGAAAGCUGGAUCUUCUGCAUGCCUAUAUGGUCGACAUGUCGCUUUGUACAUAUUCUUACGGGGAAGAAAAGAAUGUCUCCUCUAAGGAAAAUAUGGCUGUGUUGUUUUGUAACUCUUAAUCUUUGGUUUGUGCAAAUAAUAAAAACAGGCAGCUGUUUGUUUUUUGAGAAAAGAAA